UAAAUAGCGGAUGUGUGCCGCAGACCGGCAGAUUAGACCGGCUCAACGCGAUCUGUAGACAUUGAGAAUAGCUCGGGACAUUGAACCUGAACGGACGAGGCUCCUGCUUAAUUAAACAACCACCGUCCUCCUUUUCUAUCCCCUUUUUUUUUUUUUUUUUUACCCCGGGAUCUAAGCGACUCGGUUCUUGUGUGCUGUUCGGCUAAGGGAUGCCCAGAGAGCUGACCCAGAACAGGAUCCAAAAGAUCUGGGUGCCCACCAAGGAUGACAAGCCGGCACCCCGGAGAGCGGCCGGUGCCCCGCACUUCGCCAACCCCCCCACCGUCAUCGUGAUGGUGGGUCUUCCGGCUCGAGGCAAGACGUACAUGUCCAAGAAACUCACCCGCUACCUCAACUGGAUCGGCAUGCCCACCAAAUUCUUUAACGUGGGGGAGUACCGCAGGGAGGCGGUCAAGAACUACAGCUCUUAUGACUUCUUCAAGCCCGAUAACGAGUGUGCCGUUAAAAUCAGGCAGCAAUGUGCCUUAGCAGCCUUGAGGGACGUCAAGUCCUAUUUGAAAGACGAGGGAGGCCAAGUAGCGGUCUUCGAUGCCACAAACACGACAAGGGAGAGGCGAGACAUGAUCCUCCAGUUCGGCAGUGAUAACGACUUCAAGAUCUUUUUCAUCGAGUCCGUGUGCGAUGAUCCCAGCGUCAUCGAGUCGAACAUCAUGGAAGUGAAGGUGUCGUGCCCCGACUACCGGGACUGCAACCAGACGGACGCCAUGUUGGAUUUCCAGAAGAGAAUUGAAUGCUACAAAACCAGCUACCAACCUCUGGACCCCGAUCAGCACGACAGGGAUCUCUCCUUCAUCCAGGUGAUAGACGUGGGUCGGCGUUUCCUCGUCAACCAAAUCCAGGAUCACAUCCAGAGCAAGAUCGUCUACUACCUGAUGAACAUCCACGUCCAGCCCCGCACCAUCUACCUGUGUCAGCACGGAGAGAGCACCGACAACCUGGAGGGGCGGCUGGGUGGCGACGCAGGCCUCUCGCCGCGGGGAAAGCAGUUUUCAUCUGCCCUGGCUCGGUUUGUGGAGGAGCAGCAGCUGACGGAUCUGAAGGUUUGGACCAGCCAGCUGUGUCGCAGCAUCCAGACCGCAGAGCACCUGGGAGUCCCGUACGAACAGUGGAAGGCUCUCAACGAGAUAGACGCUGGGAUGUGUGAAGAGAUGACGUACGACGAGAUGAAGGAGAAAUUCCUGGAAGAGUUUGCUUUGAGAGAUGAAGAUAAAUACUACUAUCGCUACCCUGCUGGAGAGUCCUACCAGGACCUGGUCCAGCGGCUGGAGCCGGUCAUCAUGGACCUGGAGAGGCAAGAGAAUGUCCUGGUGAUCUGCCACCAGGCCGUCAUGCGCUGCCUGCUGGCCUACUUCCUGGAUAAGAGUGCAGAGGAGAUGCCCUACCUGAAGUGUCCCCUCCACACAGUGCUGAAGCUCACCCCGGUCGCCUACGGAUGCAAGGUGGAGUCCAUCUCUCUGAAUGUGGAGGCGGUGAACACCCACAGAGACAGGCCGGAGGAGGUGAGGAGGGGUCCUGGCACCUUGAUCAGGCGGAACAGCGUGACUCCUCUGACCAGCCCCGAGUCAAACAUCAAGAAGCCUCGCAUCGACGACCUAGAUGAGGCUCCGAUCCAGGAGCUGCCGCCAUCUGUUGCCUCGCUAGCGCUCUGCAGCCCCUCACACCUCCCUCUCGCCCUGGCCGGACAGCACUGGCUGGGCAAAGUUUGCCUAACCUGAGGAGAAACUCGUCUGGCCUCCGUGACGUCCUGCAGCCCUGCCAAUAAAACUGCACCGAUGUUUUCACGUGGCUCUAAAGGCCGGAAAGUGGACCGCUGACGAAGGCGCACUGAGCAUGAAACGACAAGGAAGAGUUAAAUGGAAGUUAUUUUUUAAAUUCUUUUUCGUAAAUUUGUCAAUCAUGGACACAAGUAACCGUACUUUUUAUUACUCAAAAAGGAUCAUGAUUAUUGAAUGACUGUCCUAUCAGAUGUUUCUGUUCAAAGACAUGUCACUACGAAGCCAGACUCUUUCUCCCUUUCUUGCCAUUGUCAGACAUUUUCUUUGUUUUCUGGGAAACCUUUAGCAUCACGUGUAUAUUGUAUUCAGACUGAAAGAGGAGAACUGUGACUCGUUUAAACUGACAGUCUUCACUGUUACAGCUCAGAAAACCGGUUUCUACUAGUUUAUUAUUUUGGAGAGACCAAAGACCAACCCUCACGGUGAGGUUAAAUCUUUCCGCCCCCCUUUCCCCCCCCCCCCCCAACUUAUGAAUGCACAGUUGAUUUAAAAAAGGAUAUUGAUUUUAGUUUACAUUGUAAACUCUUUGGCACUUCUUCGGAAGCACUGUUCUUUUUAAAAUGAAGAGCGUUGUUAUUUAAUUAUUGAAUCCUUCAUUUGAAACUCUAAAAUAAGCGAUUAUUUUGCACAACGGGGAUGAAUUUCUGUGUUUGUUUUUUUCACGUCACGGUGAUGAAGGUGUUUUUUGCCGUAGAGUGCCUGUAGCGCUUGUUUUGCAAGCCUGACGCCGCUUCUCUUGCCAUCUCUCUUGGAAUCGACAGCUCGAGAAGGGCCACCACGUUUCACCUAAUAACUCCACAUAUCACGUCGAUAUUUCACUUUUCACAGUUUGAAUAUUUAUUUUUCAGUGUGUAGUUUCGACGCUACGGUGCAUGCCGAGUUCUUAAUCUUCAAGUUCGUUUCCCUUGAUGUCCUCUUUGCUGCCAUGCUACGCACAAAUGUAAGCACCUAUAUUUUUGUUAUAACAACGCGUGCUGUUAAUAAUAUCUUUGUAAAUGUGAUUGUACAUACAACAUAACUGCACAGGAGAUGACUUCCUCGGGAGUCUUUUAAUGAAAAUGCGCGCGUAGUAUUUUUGUACUAAUGGAAGGCCGAUCUGUUGAGAACGAAGCUGCUGCUGCUUGCCUCUCUCGGUAACACUUUUGUUAACAUUUCUGCUCGAGAUACUUGAAAAUUAGUUUUUUGUAAACUGUUAUUAUAUUCUUUAUUUAUUUUCAUGUUUUGGAUGCUUGGAGCGAGGGGCCCCUUGCUUUAAUCUGAAGGAAUAUGCAUGAGGGGACAGUAUGUUGUACAGUUGAUUUUGCAUCUGCUGGACCAAUAAAUGAACUCCUGGAUCAUA